UCCCCAAUCGAGCGGCAAUAGCCUCAGAAGGGUUUGCGAACUCUCUUACUCUCUCUCUCUGCUUCGAUUUCUCUCUCUUUCGAUUGUCCCGCGUCUAAAAUCUUCCCCAUCCAUAAGAAAGCGUCCCGGCACAAGCUCUCUACCAGAGAUCAGGAAUGAACGGCGAGAGCAGAAGGCGAGACCGCAGUGAUUCGCGAAACCCCAGGAAGCGUAAGCUGCUUGUCCACAACGCAGAAGAAGGACUCGACUCCAAGCUCGGUUUUGAUCUCUUCUCCGAAGGGGACAAGCGCCUCGGAUGGCUGCUUACUUUUGCACCUUCUUCCUGGGAGGACCAAGACACUGGAAAAGUCUAUAGUUGUGUUGACCUCUAUUUCGUUACUCAGGAUGGUUCUACCUUCAAAUCUAAGUACAAGUUUCGUCCUUAUUUCUAUGCUGCCACAAAGGAAAAAAUGGAAAUGGAUGUUGAGGCGUAUUUGAGGCGACGUUAUGAAGGUCAAAUUGUUAAUAUAGAAAUUGUGAAGAAGGAAGACCUCGGAUUAAAAAACCAUUUGUCUGGCUUACACAAGUCUUAUUUGAAGAUAUUUUUUGAUACUGUUCAACAAUUAAUGCAUGUCAAGAGUGAUUUACUGCAUGUCGUUGAAAGAAACCAGUCAGAGUUUGAUGCUGCUGAAGCAUAUGAGUCCAUAUUAACAGGGAAAAGUAAACAAAGACCUCAGGAUUUUAUAGAUUGUAUUCUUGAUCUUCGGGAGUAUGAUGUACCUUAUCAUGUUCGCUUUGCCAUUGACAAUGAUGUAAGAUCUGGGCAGUGGUAUGACGUUAGUGUAUCCAGUGCUGGUGUUGUGUUGGUGAAGAGGACUGAUCUUCUACAACGUGCUGAAGUUCGUGUUUGUGCAUUUGACAUUGAGACAACAAAGCUUCCUUUGAAAUUUCCAGAUGCUGAAUAUGAUCUAGUAAUGAUGAUAUCAUAUAUGAUUGAUGGACAAGGAUACCUGAUAAUUAACAGAGAGUGUGUUGGGGAAGAUAUAGAGGAUUUGGAAUACACUCCAAAACCAGAAUUUGAAGGGUGUUUCAAAGUAACAAAUGUAAAGAAUGAGGAAGAGCUCCUUAGACAGUGGUUUGCCCAUAUGUGUGAGGUGAAGCCUGGUAUAUAUGUCACUUACAACGGUGACUUUUUUGACUGGCCAUUCCUGGAACGCCGAGCUGCAUAUCAUGGUCUUAAAAUGUGCGAUGAGAUAGGAUUUCAGUGUGACAAGAAUCAGGGCGAAUGUCAUGCAAAAUUUGCUUGCCAUCUGGAUUGUUUUGCUUGGGUCAAACGGGAUAGUUAUCUCCCACAGGGGAGCCAGGGCUUGAAGGCUGUUACGAAGGCAAAGUUGGGUUAUGAUCCACUGGAGGUGAAUCCGGAGGAUAUGGUUCGGUUUGCAAAGGAAAAGCCUCAGAUGAUGGCCUCCUAUUCUGUAUCUGAUGCUGUUGCAACUUAUUACUUGUAUAUGACCUAUGUUCAUCCAUUCAUUUUCUCCCUUGCAACGAUAGUACCCAUGCGACCAGAUGAGGUUCUACGCAAAGGAAGUGGAACUCUUUGUGAAAUGCUUCUGAUGGUUCAGGCAUACAUGGCUAAUGUUAUCUGUCCUAAUAAACACCAAUCUGAUCAAGAGAAAUUCUACAAUAAUCAACUCCUGGAAAGUGAGACAUAUAUUGGUGGCCAUGUUGAAUGCCUUGAAAGUGGUGUUUUCAGAUCUGAUCUUCCAACUAGUUUUAAGCUUGAUCCAUCCGCCUAUCAGCAACUGAUAGACAACCUUGAUCGUGAUCUGCAAUAUGCCAUCAGAGUAGAGGGCAAAAUGGACUUGAAAUUGGUCUCCAAUUAUGAUGAAGUGAAGAAUGCCAUAAUGGCAAAGCUUGCGUGGUUGCGAGAUGAACCUAUACGUGAUGAAGGCCCUCUUAUUUAUCACCUUGAUGUGGCUGCAAUGUAUCCAAACAUUAUUUUGACAAAUAGGCUUCAACCACCUUCAAUAGUUUCAGAUGAGAUCUGCACUGCCUGUGAUUUCAACCGCCCUGGCAAAACUUGUCUUCGGAAGCUUGAAUGGGUUUGGCGUGGUGAGACAUAUAUGGCAAAGAAAAGUGACUAUUAUCACCUGAAGAGGCAAAUUGAGUCCGAGUUUGUUGGUGGAGAUGGUCAGCUGUCCAAAUCGUUUCUUGACCUGCCUAAGAUGGAGCAACAGGCAAAACUCAAAGAGCGUCUGAAGAAGUAUUGCCAAAAGGCAUACAGAAGGGUACUUGACAAACCUGUGACUGUACUUCGGGAGGCAGGGAUCUGCAUGAGGGAAAACCCUUUUUAUGUUGACACUGUCCGCAGCUUUCGAGAUAGAAGGUAUGAGUACAAGGGGCUUAAUAAGGUCUGGAAAGGAAAACUAUCAGAAGCAAAGGCUAGUGGAAAUUCUAUAAGGAUCCAAGAGGCACAAGAUAUGGUAGUUCUCUAUGAUUCAUUGCAACUUGCUCAUAAGUGUAUUCUCAAUUCCUUCUAUGGUUAUGUCAUGCGCAAGGGUGCAAGAUGGUACUCAAUGGAAAUGGCUGGAGUGGUUACAUAUACUGGAGCAAAAAUUAUUCAGAAUGCUCGAUUACUGGUUGAAAGAAUUGGAAAACCACUUGAAUUAGAUACAGAUGGCAUUUGGUGUGCAUUACCUGGAUCAUUCCCUGAGAACUUCACUUUUAAAACAAAUGACCCAAAGAAGAAGCUGACUAUCUCAUAUCCUUGUGUUAUGCUAAAUGUUGACGUGGCAAGAAAUAAUACAAAUGACCAGUAUCAGACACUUAAAGACCCCGUCACUAAAACAUAUACAACGCAUAGCGAAUGCUCAAUUGAAUUUGAAGUGGAUGGACCAUAUAAGGCAAUGAUUCUUCCAGCUUCAAAGGAAGAGGGAAUUUUAAUUAAGAAGCGAUAUGCUGUUUUUAAUGAUGAUGGAACACUUGCUGAGCUUAAAGGUUUUGAGAUCAAGCGCAGAGGUGAGCUGAAGCUAAUCAAAGUUUUCCAGGCAGAGCUUUUUGACAAGUUCCUUCAUGGAUCAACAUUAGAGGAAUGCUACUUGGCAGUUGCUUCUGUUGCAAAUCUUUGGCUCGAUCUUCUUGAUAAUCAAGGGAAGGAUGUUGCAGAUAGUGAGUUGCUUGAUUAUAUAUCAGAAUCAAGCACCAUGAGCAAGUCCCUGGUAGACUAUGGUGAGCAAAAGUCAUGUGCAGUGACCACUGCAAGGCGCCUUGCUGAUUUUCUUGGUGACGGAAUGGUUAAAGAUAAAGGACUACAUUGCCAAUAUAUUGUUGCAUGUGAACCACGGGGAACUCCUGUAAGUGAGCGUGCAGUACCUGUUGCGAUAUUUGAAACUGAUACUGAAAUAAUGAAAUUUUAUGUGCGGAAGUGGUGCAAGAUUUCAUCAGAUGUUGGCAUUCGAUCCAUUAUUGAUUGGUCUUAUUACAAGCAGCGACUGAGUUCUGCAAUUCAAAAAAUUAUUACGAUUCCUGCUGCAAUGCAAAAGGUUGCAAAUCCUGUCCCGAGGGUAAUCCAUCCUGACUGGCUGCAUAAGAAAGUUCGUGAGAAGGAGGACAGAUUCCGCCAACGAAAAUUAGUUGAUAUCUUCAGCUCAUCAACUCGGCAGGUCAAAAAGAAUAAUGAGGCUACAACCACCAAUCAUGUGAUAGAUGGAGAGAAUGUUGAAGAUUUUGAGGACUUCAGGAACAAAGGCAGAACUUCUGCUGUUGGACCGAGACCUAUUGUUCGAUGUUAUGAAGUUAAUAAUGAGAGACAUUCAGACAAGAAAAAUAGCCAUGUGUAUUCCCUGCAACAGGAAACUGUUUAUGGUGAAAAUGUGCAUCAAUUAAUCUCGCAAGAGCAACAAAAUGCCACUGCUGUUGAACAUAUUGACAAAAAUUUAGAUUAUCAGGGAUGGCUGGAAAUAAGGAAGAGAAAGUGGAAGGGUAUUCGGGAGAUGAGGAAACGGCAAAGGUUGACCCAUUUAAAGGGAUCACAGCAAACUAGUGUGGUUCCAGAACUGCCUAAUGGUCUGAUAAAUCAUAAACAAGCUCAAGGAAGAACAGGAGUCAAUUCAUAUUUUCAAAGACAUGAAUUAGCCCUUACACACUGUCAUUGGCAGAUUAUUCAGCUGGUCCCAAGUCCACGACAUGGCCAAUUUUUUGCUUGGGUUGUCGUAGAAGGAGUCAUGCUUAAGAUUCCAAUAACAGUUCCCAGAGUAUUUUACCUCAACUCGAAAGCCCCCGUAACCGAAGAAUUUCCAGGAAGAUGUGUCCACAAGACUCUUCCUCAUGGACACCAUAGUUUCAAUCUAAUUGAGGUAAUAAUUGAAGAAGAUCAAUUUAGGGCAGAGAGUAAGAAACUUGCAGCUCACCUUGCAGAUCCUGAAGUUGAGGGGAUCUAUGAAACAAAGGUGCCAUUGGAAUUUUAUACUGUUCUCCAGAUUGGAUGCGUCUGUAAGGUGGACAAAGCUGCUAAGAAACGAAAUCUCCAGGAUGGCUGGGGUUUAAACGAACUGCAUAUGAAGACCACAACAGAAUGUUGUUACCUGGAAGAGUCCAUCUCUUUCUUUUACUUGUAUCAUAGCAUCUCUGAAGGACGUGCCAUAUAUGUUGGAUAUUUUCCUGCUUCUAGAACAAUUUAUGUUGUGGUGGUUAAUCCUUUUCAGAAUAAGGAAUUAUCAAUAUCUAUUCUUGAAAGACAAUUCCGUGAAGCUUGCCAAGCUUUGUCUAUUGAGCCUCCUUUACCCAGAAAUGGUAUCAAUUUCAAGGUGGACUAUGUUGGAUCUGUGAAGGAUGCCGAGAGGAUUUUGCAAAGAACAAUAAAUGAGCACAGACAUCAACAUCAUGGACCUGCGAUAGCUGUCAUUGAAUGCCCAAAUGUUCAUUUGAUGAAGUCAGGUAUACGAGCUUUAGAGGAUUUCCCAUGUGUAAACAUCCCUUCCAAUGCCCGUGAUAGUCACUAUCAGGCUCUUGGGUGGCAAAUAGUAGCAUCAAAAAUUGGGAUGCAACGGUGUGCUGCAUCUUCUCAGUGGUUGAAUGAGAGAAUAUCUCUUUCAAGAUAUGCCCAUGUACCGCUGGGUAAUUUUGAACUUGAUUGGCUUAUAUAUACAGCAGAUGUAUUCUUUUCAAGAGCAUUGCAUGAUCAGCAACAGGUACUGUGGAUAUCAGAUGAUGGCAUUCCAGAUCUAGGAGGCAGUACUGAAGAAGAUACAUGCUUUGCAGAUGAGGUCCAUCAACCUGUUCUUACUUAUCCUGGAGCCUAUAGAAAGGUCACUGUGGAGCUAAAGAUUCAUCACCUGGCUGUAAAUGCCCUUCUUAAAAGCAAUCAAGUGAAUGAAAUGGAAGGGGGUGCUUUAUUUGGAUUUGACCAGGAUGUGAAUUAUGGUGCACAAAAUUUGAAUGAACAAUGUGGCUUUGAUGAAGCUACCUCAUGUGCAUCAGCAUUCCGCAUCUUGAAGCAAUUAAUUCAGAGAUGCCUGGCAGAUGCAGUUACAUCUGGAAAUGUAUUUGCUGAUGCAAUAUUGCAGCAUCUAUAUCGAUGGCUUUGCAGCCCACAAUCAAAACUUCAUGAUCCAGCUCUUCACCGGAUGCUUCACAAGGUCAUGCAAAAGGUGUUUGCACUAUUGUUGGCUGAGUUUCGCAAAUUGGGUGCCACAAUUAUAUUUGCAAACUUCUCGAAGAUUAUUAUAGACACAGGAAAGCUAGAUUUAUCUACAGCCAAGGCAUACUGUGAUAGUUUACUCAAAACUCUUCAAACUAGAGAUUUAUUUGAGUGGAUUGAGCUCGAACCACUACAUUUCUGGCAUUCCUUACUUUUUAUGGAUCAGUACAAUUAUGGUGGAAUUCAGGCCAAAGCCCAUACUGGAUCAUCAGCUGGUAUAUCAAGACCAACUUAUGAAAGCAUGCAUGAUGAGUCUCAAGUGGAUAUCAUAUCAAGCUGGAAUAUUGCUGAAUAUUUACCAAAGACUACUCAGGAUCAUUUUAUUUUAAUUGUUUCUGAAUUUAUGUAUAUCCCAUGGAAACAUGCACAAGAGCAACAAGCAAUUAGAGCAUCCGUGAAUGAUGGUGACUUGUGCACUCCGUCAAUCACUGCCUCAGCUGCAGAGAAGUUCGAAUCAUGUAUAACAGAAUAUCUUAAAGAGCAGAUCAGCUCUUACUUUACAGACAAACUUCUAAGAAUUGUUCGUGAUACUGUUCUUCAUAUUAAAGGAUCAAACAAAUCUGAGAAUGACAAUUUACCUGAUGGGCAUCAACGACUUUCUGGAAAUAAGCACACAGGAGAUGCUGCACUGGAGUUUAUUAAGCAUGUCUGUGCUGUUAUGGCUCUUGACCAAAAUGUUCAGCAUUUUAUUCUGGUCAUGAGGAAAAAUCUAUUAAAAUAUGUGCGUGUGAGAGAGUUUGCUCCAGAAGCAGAGUUCCAUGAUCCCUGCCUUUCUUUUAUCUUACCAAAUGUCAUUUGCAGCUACUGCAAUGACUGCAGAGAUCUAGACUUGUGUCGUGACCCAACUAUCCUGGCUCAAGAAUGGCGUUGUGCUGUGCCUCAGUGUGGGCAGCCAUAUGACCGUGGAGUAAUGGAAAAUGCUCUUCUCCAAAUUGUUAGGCAGAGAGAACGUCUCUACCAUCUGCAGGAUUUGGUUUGCCUCAAAUGCAAUCAGGUAAAAGCUGCACAUUUAGCUGAGCAAUGUGCAUGUGCAGGUUCAUUCAGGUGCAAGGAAGAUGUGUCUGAAUUCCGCAGCAAAAUGCAAGUUUUCUUGAACAUUGCUGUUAAUCAGAAAUUUCAACUCCUCCAGGAGUGUACUUCAUGGAUUUUAGAAGUUCGAUAGCUUUUCCGAUCAUGUCUUUUUUGUUCCAGUUAGGCCUGAUGGCCAAUGAAGCUUAGCAUCAGCUAAAAAGUGAUUGGCAAAGGUGCAGAAAAUAUAGAAUUUCACCACUUUACUAGCUUAGCAGAGGCAGUUGUGGAACUGGGAACUGCUUGUCAUUUAUUAUUCCUUGUAAAUGUUUCUCGUAGUUCAAGGGUUUAGUCAUGGCUGAUAAAAGUUUCUUGUGUUUUUGGGCACGGCCACAACCACCCAGUUUUCUUUUGGUUGGGCAAUGAUGCAUUGUAUGUAUCCUAUCCUAGGAAGAUGUCAUUAUAGUACGUCUUGUAUCCAAUAAUUUUUUCAUUUUUUUGGGUGCAAGUAUUGUAAAAUGUGUAUGCUUAGCUUCCAUCGUUAAUCAAUGGAAAUUGACUUCUGUACUUUUGGUGUUAAAAAAAAUAAAAUGAAAAAACAAUCCCUUAUUGGAUUGAUUGCAA